AUGCUGUGUACACUCAGUGCAAUAUGGACGUUACAAACGGCAUUCAACGAAAAGACUGUAAUCCUCGGGUUACAACUGCCAGUAGACCUGCCUUUUAGCCUUUCGCGCCUAUUGUUUGAGCAGGGGAUUAGAUUGAACCUAAACUCAAGGUUUGGAGCACCAUGGCGACCAAGAAGAAUUGCCCAAAGAGGGCUAGGUCGCCAUCACCAUUCCAAGCAUUCGCCACCCCGCAUCUGCCUUCAAUUUGCGUUAUCCUUGCGGAAGACCUCAAUUGGCAGUGUUGCAUAUCUGGAGUUCGACAGCAUGGGCGAGUCUUGCAAAGCCCCUCAGAUUAUCCGUAAGUCUUUUGCCUGCGAUGAGUGCAAACGUCGCAAGAUACGUUGUACUGGUGGGGAUAACUGUACAAACUGUGUGCGUGAUGCCAAGCCGUGCCGGUACUCAUCCCCAUCACAAAAAUUGUUGUCGCUCCAGAGACGCCUUCAAGAAAGCGAGCAGCUUCGCAAGGAUAUGGAGAAGGCGUGGAGUAUCCAUCUCCCCGGAGUAGAUCUACAAGCAGCAGUCUGCGCUGUGCGGGAAGGCGUAUCAGAUAGCCAUGUUCCUAAUGACCCGGAUGUCGUCGGUCACAACAAUCAUAAUCCGAAUCGUAAGAUGAGCAUCGGGCCAGAUCAUCAGACAGAGCAACCCCCCACAAACUUCACGGAGCACAGUAAUGCAGAGGACUAUGAAUUCGACGAAUCUCAAGAUUUCGACAAUUCAAUCGAUGGCAUGGGCUUUCUGACCGCGGACCCCCAUAAAGCAGGCUAUACGGGCCCACAGUCUGGCAUAGCAGCCUUGAAGUUCCUCCAGGCACUUCCGUUGCAUCUGCCCCUCGAUCAUAUGCGCACACCGUCAUGUCUAGAUGGAGACGAAUCCUUGGAGGUAUCAGCGCAGGCUGCAGAGACUGUUUCCCGUUAUAUUGACGAUUACUUUUCACUAUACCACCCGGCGUAUCCAAUUCUCCACGAAGGGACGUUCCGUGCUCGCGUCUCAGGAGCACUCGCAAAGCCGCGCGAUGGCUCUUGGCCCUUACUGUACAACACUGUCGCUGCGAUAGGUGCAUUUGUCGGUGGAACAAAAGCGACCAACUGCGACAUUCCGCUAUACAAAGAAGCCUGCAAACACCUUACGAUGGAUGUCCUUGAGAAGGGAUCCCUGAGUUAUGUGCAGGCCAUAGUCCUGAUGGCCAACUAUCUGCAAAAGCGGAAUAAACCAAAUGCUGGCUUCAUUCUCAUUGGUAUUGGGUGGAGCAUGGCGCUUGCGAUAGGCUUGCAUCGAGAAUUCGGUAUGCCAAACACGUCUCCCUUUAUCAUGGAGAUUCGCCGACGUGUCUGGUGGACGUUGUACACCUUCGUUUCAAGUUCGCAAUUAACUUUGGGGCGACCUCCCGUCUCCCUGGUCGGGGUCAAUAUUCGUCCCCCAGCAAAUCUUGACGAUCUGGAUCUCGCUGUUGAUAUGGAGCAGUUGCCCCCAUGUAAAACCGGACCAACCAUCACAUCCGCGCUUAUUGCCCAGGCAAAACUGGCCAAAAUCGCCAACGCCGUCCAGGUGGAGCUCCUCACCCAUCACCGCCCUGCAUACGAGAAGGCUGUGAAGCUGGAAAAGAACAUUAAGAUCUGGUGGAAGGACUUGCCCCCGUAUUUCGAUCCAAGUGUCUACUUGGAGCCGCACCUGGAACUGCCGAAGCGCAUCCUUUUGUGGCGAUCAUUUCAUCUGCGCAUCGUCCUGAACCGCCCCUUUCUUUUUGAAGCCAUAGCGACGAAGUCCUUGAUCAAAACAUCGGCCGGUCCCGUCAAAUCAUGUCUCGACGCAGCAGAUGAAUGCGUUGCUUCCAUCUGCGGGUUCGUGAAUUCUACACGUGAUAUCAAAAGGGGCUUUGCAUGGUAUGCCACAUACUGGUUAAUCACCGCCAGCUUUGUGCAGGCGACUUGCUUCAUAUAUAGUCCCACACAUUCCUUGGCUUCGACCUGGAGGAGCUCCAUCCAGCUCAGUAUUGACUGCCUUGAGAAGCUCGGCUCCUCGCAUGAAAUGGCCACUCGGGCCCGAAACAUCCUCCAGAAACUACUUGAACAUGGUCAUGUAGAUUAUAACCACGGUCUUGAUUUUGGUCUGACCCAAAAUGUCAGCCCUGAUCCAGUACCGGCCGUGCCUCGCCCAUUGCAUCCACCAUGGGCUGCUCCGACGUCUGCAGCUGAAGGCCAUGAAAUUUAUAGUCACCUUGCGGCAGGGCUAGGGGAUAUUGUUGCCUGGUAUCCUCAGGGCACCUCUAACGCAGAGCUUCUUGAUGCAGCAGGCGGCUUUAUGAUCCAAAAUUUCUUUGCGGGUACGGAUGAGAAUUCAUUGGCUGGGUAA